AUGGAUAAAAUUUUAAAUAUUAAAGAACUAAAUACAAAUAUAUUAAAAUUCGUUAAUGAAAUUGAUGAUAUCAAAACUUUUUCAUUAUUAAAUAGGAUGUCACGUUUAAACUCAAAACAAAUAUUAUAUGAUUGCGAAAAAAUACUCAAACUUUUGUUUAGUGUUGAUAAAAUGGAUGAGAUAUUAGAAAUUAAAAGAGAACAUUUUUAUAAUAGU